AGAUCAAUGCGCUGAGAAAACAAAUGAAAUGAGGGAGUGUGGCAGAGCAAAUAAGCCGGGCGCACGCCUGUCCCCUGUAGUAAAACGGCGCAUGUGUUUGUAACUCGUGGGUCACAGCUGCCUCAGAGCCUCUGAGCAGCAGCGCUGAGAUGUUGACUGAAGCGUUGCUUCUACUUGACUGACGGAUCGAGGAAGAGAAGCAGUUCUUACACUUCUCCGGCCCACAGUGGACAAUUACUGGACACUGGACGCUGAAGACCGCUGCUCUUUCUCUCUCCUGCUGCUGUCGUUUCUUCCGUUCCGCUGAUCCACCGGCUUCCUCGAGACCGUUUUCCAGCAUCCAUCAACUCUUCUAAUCUUAGGGUUAUAUCUUAAAAGUGGUUCCGGCCAUUUGGAAGUUGUAUUCCUUUUGAACGGAAAAGGCUUCGUUUGAAGAAAGUGGGGAGAGUGGGCCUUUCCACCUGGUUCCGUUCACUUUUCUCGUCUUUCUGAGGUGAACUCGUGCCUGCCGUCUUCUCUGAAGCCGCCACGCACACACACCUACCUUCUGCAGCAGAGAUAAGCUCACCGUCAGCGUCCCAUGCCGAGGCUCCCUGGAGGCCGAUGACGUGACGGGUGAGGAGAAGCUGUUUUCUAAUUAGUGUUUGCUUUUGCCCCCCACCCCCACCCCCCCUCCACACUUUCCCACUUGCCUUCUGUGAGAGAUACCGUCCAUGCCUGGUGUACCCUCCAAGAAAGGAGAGGAAAAGAAAAAGGAAGACUUGAAUGGGAGGAAGGAAGAAAGGAAGGAAAGAAGCUUGGGAUUUGGAGAGCCUUGACUCAUAGUAGUAGUGAAACCAGGUUUGUGUGCCGGAAAAGGAGGCACUCGUGCCAGGAACACAAGAGGGAGGAGGCUACAACCUCGACUGUGACUGAGAGCAAAGAGGAGGAAGCUCUGAGGAACGAGAGAGAGAGAGAGAGAGAAGGAGGAAGAGGGAGGAGAAGGUGAACGAGUAAAGCUGAAAAGCAGGAACAGGCACCCUUUCCCCGUUCCUCCUGAUUGUCCGAGGGAACCGGCUGACCCCGCCAUGAGCCACUGCAGGAAGAGAUGCAAGCGGCAGCUGACCAAAGUGGCCCGCUACUUCUACAGGUUCCUCACGGGUACCCUGACUCAAGACAGCAUCGAGGAUGACUUUGAGCUGUCCACCGUGUGCCAUCGGCCAGAGGGGCUGGAGAAGCUGCAGGAGCAGACCAAGUUCACCAAGAAGGAGCUCCAAGUGCUCUACAGGGGCUUCAAAAACGAAUGUCCCAGCGGUGUUGUGAACGAGGACACCUUUAAAGUCAUCUACUCCCAGUUCUUCCCACAAGGGGAUUCCAGUACGUAUGCACAUUUCCUCUUCGAGGCAUUCGACACCAACAAGAAUGGAUCGGUUAGUUUUGAGGACUUCGUCAUCGGCCUGUCUAUCAUCCUCAGGGGGACGAUAAACGAUCGGCUAAACUGGGCCUUCAACCUCUACGAUCUCAAUAAAGACGGGUGCAUCACCAAAGAGGAGAUGUUGGACAUCAUGAAGUCCAUCUACGAUAUGAUGGGAAAGUACACAUAUCCCUGCAUGCAGGAGGAUGCUCCCAGAGAGCAUGUCGAGACCUUCUUUCAGAAAAUGGACCGGAACAAUGAUGGUGUUGUCACCAUUGACGAGUUCAUUGAGUCAUGCCAAAAGGACGAGAACAUCAUGCAGUCCAUGCAGCUGUUCGACAACGUCAUUUAGGGCCGUGCCCUUUCGGAGAAGAGGGGAAGGGGGCCGAGACGAACGACCCAGACCUGGAACCGGUCAGCCAGCUGCUGACCAGCCUCCUGCCCUCUCUUCCAUGCAGCCAGAGGACCGCCGUCAUUCCGUUUCUUUCUUUCUCCCAGAGACAUAGUGGAAGAUGCAUCAGGGCUGGCUUCUAGACCCACUCCAAUAAGUUCUCCUUCUUUUUGCUACAUUCCUGAAAGGGUUAAAACGGGUCGGCUGGACUCGAGACGAAGCCAGACCAACGUGUCGGACAGCAGACUUCUACUCGGAGGGUAGCAUGGACCUUGGCUACGAGCAAAAGGAACUGUGAAACCUGGCCAACAACUAGCUGGAAGUUCCUGCGCGCAGACGACGGCGCCAUCGUUCCUUUUAUUUUUCAUUUUUAUCCAAUCGCUGACUGGUUUUCUUAACGCAUGAUGUCACAACUAACCAACACUUACUUAAUGUACCUAUUAAGUUAAGCUAGUCCAAAGCCUGUCUGUCGUCCUGCUCGUCCGUCCACAUGUGCCUCGCUCGGACCUGUGUGCUGUCAUCGUGUUCCGUCACUAAGAACCCUGGGGCCAAAGCUCCGCCCCUUAGGCCCCGCCCCUUCCGCAGCAGCCAAUAGAGAGGUGACGUUCUAUGCCUGUACAUUCCACAGGGGUCUGCAGACGAGGUGACUCCUUGGCCUUGAAGUCCUUAGCGGUUACCUGUUCUGACUGUUCCUUUGCUGUCGAGCGACAUUCUUCCUUUACAAACCCAUCAAGUGUCGUAAAGUAGAGGAAUUUUAUGAUGGGAGGUAAAAGAAAAAAAAAAAAAGAGGAAGGAAUUCUAUUAUGCUGCAUUAGUGUUACCCAAUGUUCUCACUGUGAUCCCAUGCGAAUUAUGAAAUCUCCAAUCAUUACUGCUGGUAAUAUCUGCACCGGCAAAGGCAGUGUGAUGCAUCUCUUCUCGCUGUAUCUUAUUCAUCAAAUGAAUAUUCCAGUUUAUCAACUUAGGCAUGACUCUAAGAUAGGCCAGCGCUCCACAGCACAUAGACCAGCAAGCUUCUUCAUGCAUUGACCGACCCGCCGACACCAAAGAGAUUAGUUCAGCUACGUCUGCCGAUUUCAGUUGCUUACAGAACCAACACAAAGACCACGACUAAAAAAAAAAAAGAUGGAUUUUUAGUGGAAAAAUUCACGAAUUAAUAUAAUACUACGGUAAAGUCAGAGAACAGCCCUUUUGUUCAGUUCCCAGACAAAGCGGCCGUUAAGCACCAGUUAUUUCAUUACAUACUAAAGCUUAUCAGUUGGUACUUACAGGGAAUUUUGAAUGCAAACUGGCUGAGCUAUUUCUGGGUAUAGAAGUGUGUAAUAAAACGUUUUAAGGGAUUAACAGUGCACAUUAAAAGUGCAACCACCUUCAAAGACUGGACUUAUGAAAAUAUCUCAACAGGUUUCUCGACAGCAAGUCUCACAAAAGCAAUGGAAGCUGUAAUACAGAUUAUUUAGUGGACGUUUUCAUAUUAUAUGCAGCUGUUGAGGCUUCAAUAUGUUUUCUGCUUGUUUUGACAGUGAAAUAUGAAUAACUUGUGCUUACUGGUCGUCCUGGAAACUAAAUACAUGCAAGGAUGUUCUCUGACUUUUGCAUAGUACUUUAAUAGGGCACAGUUAGAGUCCAGGUAAGACUGUGGCAAAACAUGGUCAUAAAGAGCUUGAGAAAGCGAGGAUUGAUGGCAAAUCAGCCUGGUUAUGUAGAACGAGAGACUGUAGACGAGCACUAAGAAGGGAGCUGAGGGAUUAGGGGCUACUGUCGGCCGAAUUGUGAAGCACCGUUUGUUCUUAAUGAUACAGAAAUGAAUUAAAAUCGUUAGUCAUAAACACGGUCAGUUAUCAAGCAACUGAAACAGGAGCGGUCCCUUGUCCAUGAGGUGUUGAGCUCAAAUAUGCAUGCUAGCAUUUAACAAUGUGGCGCUCGGGUGGCUCAGUCACGAUUAUCUUGUUGAGUAUUGCGGUUAUGCCAGUUGCUUUGUGGUCCCAUCUCUAAGUUGAGGUCUGAAGACUGAUAUCCUGAGAGAUGUGACGGAAUUUAACAUUGGGCUUUUCUUUUCCUGGAGGUUGACUGACCGAUGGAUAUCCAGGAUUGAGAGGUAGAGAACACCAUGUCUUGAAAUGGGCUUAAAUGACGUGAGCAAUAUUCAUUUUGAUCAAAGCCAACCAGUCCUGGCAGUGUAACAUUAUCAGUAUAAGCCCCCCAUUUCUGGGCAACUCUCAGUAAUAAGUGUUUAUGGUGGCAACGCAAUGGUGGUGUCGGUCUUGCACGGUGUUCCUCAAAUGUGUUCAAAGCUUCAAUCGGCACAAUUUAUGCAAAUGCCAGUGAAUUCAUUUCAAGGACUUUCAGCCCCUCGUUCUGUGGACAUUUUCCCUCCUCAAAGGUUAAACGGUUGCAAAACACAGGCGAUUACAUUUGUCACGUUCAGCGUACGAAGGAGUCCGAGGGCAGCGUUUACAAAGAUGCUUGGUAUCCAUCAAAAACAUGCAGUGGUAUGUGCUUCUGAUUUGCCGUAGGGUUGUUUGUGGGCAGACCAGGAAUCGUCAGCAGGUAAUGCGUUUGCAAGAGUGGUCAACCAGUGGCGUGCAAUGGCUACAAAUUCAUGAUCACGCAUUUUGUCGUCAUUCCCACCACCAAGUGAGCCGCACCGUACCGGAAUACCCGUGAUUAAUUUGGUCACCCAAAAUUAACGCUGGGGUACCAAGCUGGAACAUAUCGGCGCUAGAAGUGGAGCGAAACAUUGAUUAGUGAAACGCAGUCAGUCCCAGAGUGGUCACUGUCAGAUGAUCACUCUUUAAAAUGAAGAACUUUAGCUAAUGAGAAGCACCGUCUGACACUCAAACACAGUAAAUAGCAAAUCAGAAACGUCUCCAUUGUUGCUACUGUUGCUCGUGUUUACUGUUAGUAAAAAAAUAAAUAAAAAAUCACACAAAUUAAAAUAAUAGAGAAAUUAAACACAGUUAAGGGCAUUUAUCUAUGAUCACAACUCAAAAAGCUAGUGAAUAAAAGUGAGUUGGGCGCUUCUUAGUGUUGGAGCUGAUCCACGUGAGAAAUCGUGACCACACAAGCUAAAGAGAACUUUGCUUAAACAUGCUGUGCAUGCGAUGCUGCGACUCGGCGCCAGGUGUGAAGCCUGAAAGUCAAAUGUUUUUCAGACCACGUCAUACGUCUUUACGCAUUAACGUCACACGCACAGGCUCAAAGACGUCCCGGCUCCACGUUUAGGCUUCGAUUGCAAAAUCAGCUCAUGAAGAUGUAUCGACAGUAGAUGAUUCGCUCACAUCCUCGGAAGACGCGUCCUUCAGAGUUUUGACAGAGUCCUCUUUGAAUUCUCUUGGAAUCAUCGGUUCAUCUGUACGGAAGAUGAGCUGAAUCGUAUCCAGAGCCACAAAAUGUUCUUCCAACCGUUUCCACCAGAGAGGGCUCAGAUGUCAUGGAAGGAGGAAAAUGGUAAGGAACCAAUAAAUGGGCGAACGUGGGUGCUUCAGAGAGGCCACUUCACAGUAGUCGGUCUAUGGCGCGUGAAUGUAAAGAGGACUGUAAGCGGAAUAGAUUAGUUCCUUAUACAGCUGAACGUCUUGUUCCGGCUCAGUUCGUUAGACUAUUCGCCAACAUCUUCCUACGUUUGUUCUUAAAUGCGUUUAGAGAAGGACGUCAGAUUCAUGACGUGUUCUUAAAGCGCAGAAUGGUUCUCGACUUUGUGCUCUUGACUGUGUGUAGGUUCUGUUCUUACCCAAGAACAAACCCAAGAAACCUUGGCGAAUGUGAGAAUCGUCAUGGGAAAAAUGCUUAAGCGGGUUUUAUGAAGGAAUUUCUUAAGAACGUUUGGUGAAGGAAGCUCUUACUUCUUUGUGUGCAUGUAGAAGAAGUUCUCUCACCGAACUCGGUGGUAAGAGGUGUGUUUUUGGAGGAUACCAAGAAAUUCUUAAGAGCACAGUCUUCUUGCCCGGAUCUUUAGGGUCAAGCAUCUUCCACGUUGGGCAUUUAAUCAUCGUGACAGUAGAAGAUGGCUAUUGAUAGAUGUUGGGAGACGGUUGCCUCUCAUCAGUGAUCUCUGAACUUCUCACCAUAGUUUAUUAAGCCUGACUCAGACAUAAAACCUACGAAUAUAAUCACAAAACAUCUGAAGACAGAGCAGAAUAUUCAUGUGAAUUAAGUCAUGCUCCCUGAUGCCAGUCUCCAACCGAGAUGGUUUUGUUUAUUAGGCUUAAAAGGUUCCACUGGACCAAAGACUGACCACCACCAUUGAGCGCUCACACAUUCACUGGUCAAACGGACCUUCUGGGCCACCACACUGGGCUCUCAUUUCAGCAGUUCUUUAAAAGGUCUUGACAUGUAUGUACACCAUCUUGUGUUCUGGACAGCAGGGCACCUUUUAAUGGAAUCGACCGAGCAUGCUAAUGUAGCUAACAAUGAAUGGAAGGCAAUGGCCACCAGUUAGCAUGAUGUCAUUAACGGUUUAGCGGUAGCUGUUCACUUUCAUUCGUUGUUGGCAAUGUCGGCAUUUUAUAGAGUCCCAAAGCUGCUAUAGCAAAUCAGCUGUCGUACGUGUUUGACCAUCUGUUGACUCCCGGUUGGCUGAUGUUUCUCUUCCAGUGCCCCCUUGUGCGUUUUCGGGACUAUCGGAGAUCCCCCCCCCCCUCCCCAUCAGCGUCUCGUGGUGGCAGUCGUGCUCAGAGAGCUGGUCAGCAGGUAACAGUUCCUGUGCACCAGUGGUACCUGUCUAUAUUCGCAUGUACCGUGUUUAGAGCAAUGAGAACCUAAUAACCUGUCGUAUUAACCGUCCUUAGCUAGCCUCGACUGGUUGCACUGCAUUCAAAACAAAAUCAUGUAAAUUUUGUACAGACAAUAAAAAUCACAAUUGCUA